AUGCGGCUGCUCUGCGGUCUGCUGCUGCUGCUGUGCCUGGUAGUCUGGGCAGCUGAGGCACGAAAUGGUGGAAAGGGACGCCGGAUGCAGAGUCGAAACCGGUCAAACACCAUCAGGCGGUUUGCUCCAGACUGCAAGGAAAGUACAGUCAAUGGGGAAAAGUUCUUUGACUGCCAAGAGUGCCAUCUGACAGCCGUUCUAUUGGGCUGGCCGGAGGACAUUCACCACCUGCUGCUGGCACGGAACAGGAUCCAGGUGCUGCGAGACAACACCUUCAGUCACUUCCGAAACCUAAGGAGUCUUGAUCUCCAACAAAAUGAAAUCUCCCACAUAGAUGAGGGAGCGUUCGACGGCCUGAGCAGACUCACCACUUUACUGCUGCAGCACAACCGUCUGAGUGUGGCGAGUGAAGGCAUGCUGAUCCCCAUGCCGCAACUCAAGUACUUGCGACUCUAUGACAAUCCCUGGAGGUGUGAAUGCCAGCUGGAUAGCCUGGUCAGGUUCAUACAAGUACCCAGUAACCGUAACAUUGGCAAUUACGCACAGUGUGCUGAGCCCAUGGAAUUCUCAGGGAGGAAACUGAAGAAGCUGGAUGCAGAGCUGCUGUGCUCUCCUCAGCAGAAAAAUCAAACCGUACCAGCUUCACAAAAAAAGUCUGAAGCGACUGCUCUAUGCCACACCUACAUCCACCCUGUGACCCGUAUGGACUGCAGUAACAGAGACCUUAAAAUUGUGCCGGCUGACAUCCCGCUGGAUAUUGUGAGAUUGGACUUAUCCAGAAACAACAUCAAGCAGCUGAGACCAAAGGCAUUUGAAAAUGUUAAAGACCUAAAGCUCUUGAACCUGAGCGGAAACAGUCUGGAAAACAUCAGCACAGCUGCCUUUAUAGGCCUGCUGUACUUGAGAGAACUGGACCUGUCCAACAACAGCCUGCGCUAUUUUCAGUAUGACGUUUUGGAGGACCUGUACUUCCUGAAGAAACUGUCUCUGGAGGACAACCCCUGGGUUUGUGAUUACAACAUUCAUUACUUGAACUACUGGCUGAAGCACCACCCCGGUGUGUCCCACACAGGUCUGGUGUGCAGUGAACCAGAGGAGUUUCGCGGCUGGCCGGUAGAAAACUACGUCAAGACCUACAGCGCAGAUUGUCCUAAAGACAAUCAGCUGGAGGACAUAACGGGUCAGGAGCUCACUGCUGAGACAGAAGAGGAGCUGUUAACACAAUUGGGGCCAAGACCUUACAGAGUGCCCAAGAAAUUUGAGAUCAUCCGUCUGAAUUAAGACGGAAACUGUGAUGCUGCUGGGAACAAAAUUGUUUUCCCAGCAAACUGUUUGAGAGAUUAAACUUUAAUAUGCUGUCACAUAUGCAGAUUCAUUGAGUUCCAUCAGAACGUUUACAUAUUUUUUAUGAGAAUUUUGUAAAUUGAAUCGUGAUAAAUAAAAAUACUUUUUUUUA